AUGUCAGCCGCCCUCGAUAGUGCGUCCAUAAAGGGGUCAGCCGGAGCGCCGGCCGGCCUCGCCGCCCUCGCCGCCUCCCUCCUGCCUGCGGGCCGCCCGGCCAGGAAGGGGAGUUAUUCGGGAUUGCAGCAGCGGCCGGGAGCGGGAGCCCAGACACAGCCUCCGCGCCGCCGCGCCGCGCCCGGGGUCCCGGCAGGCAACAAGAUGAGGGGCAAAGAGGAGAAAUCAUCGCUGAAAGCUUUCAUGAAGCAGAGAAGAAUGGGACUAAACGACUUCAUUCAGAAGAUAGCCACCAACUCCUAUGCAUGCAAGCACCCUGAAGUUCAGUCUAUCUUGAAAAUCUCUCAGCCUCAAGAGCCUGAACUUAUGAAUGUUAAUCCUUCUCCUCCGCCCAGUCCUUCACAGCAGAUUAAUCUCGGCCCAUCAUCCAACCCACAUGCCAAACCAUCAGACUUUCAUUUCUUAAAAGUGAUCGGAAAAGGCAGCUUUGGGAAGGUCCUCCUUGCACGGCAUAAGGCAGAAGAGCAGUUCUAUGCUGUUAAAGUCCUGCAGAAAAAAGCAAUCCUGAAGAAGAAGGAGGAGAAGCACAUUAUGUCAGAGCGCAAUGUCUUGCUGAAGAAUGUGAAACACCCCUUCCUGGUCGGGCUUCACUUUUCCUUCCAAACUGCAGACAAAUUGUAUUUUGUCCUGGACUACAUCAAUGGUGGAGAGUUGUUCUACCAUCUCCAGAGGGAGCGUUGCUUCCUGGAGCCGAGAGCCCGAUUUUAUGCUGCUGAAAUUGCCAGUGCACUGGGCUAUCUGCACUCCCUGAACAUUGUUUAUCGAGAUUUGAAGCCAGAGAACAUCCUGCUUGAUUCACAGGGGCACAUUGUCUUGACUGACUUUGGACUCUGCAAAGAAAACAUAGAGCACAAUGGCACAACCUCCACCUUCUGCGGCACACCAGAGUAUCUUGCUCCUGAAGUUCUCCAUAAGCAGCCCUAUGACCGGACUGUGGACUGGUGGUGCCUUGGAGCAGUCCUGUACGAGAUGCUUUAUGGCUUGCCACCCUUCUACAGCAGGAACACCGCAGAAAUGUACGACAAUAUCUUGAACAAACCCUUGCAGCUGAAGCCAAAUAUUACCAACUCAGCCAGACAUCUCCUGGAAGGCCUCUUGCAGAAGGACAGGACAAAGAGACUCGGUGCCAAGGAGGACUUUAUGGAGAUUAAGAAUCACAUCUUCUUCUCCCCAAUUAACUGGGAUGAUCUCAUUAAUAAGAAGAUUACACCCCCUUUCAACCCAAAUGUGAGUGGCCCCAGUGACCUGCGACACUUUGAUCCGGAGUUUACAGAUGAGCCAGUCCCUAACUCCAUUGGCCAGUCCCCUGACAGCAUCCUCAUCACCGCCAGCGUCAAAGAAGCCGCCGAGGCUUUUUUGGGCUUCUCGUAUGCCCCACCCGUGGACUCUUUCUUGUGAACGUUUUUCUUUUAUUCUUUUUUAAUAAUAAUAACAACUAUUAUUUUUAUUUUUUGUUUGGCCUUCUGGUGGAACUGCCAGUUGACCAGUCACCUUGAAAGAGAAUUUGCACAUUUCCACCAUGGCAGCUUUGCAGCCUUAAUUUCAACUACACUGUUUGCUGGAAGCUUUUUUGAAGAGCACAUCAUUCUCUAAAUGAGCUUUACAGGCUUUUCAUUUCCAUUUGUUCUUCCCCCAAAGUGGUGCUGUCUUCUUGGGAAAGAAAAAACAAGAGUGACUGCUGCCAUUGACUGCUACGGCAGAUAAUAGGAGUAAGAACAAGCGGUUUUGUAAUCGUGCUCGAAAAGCCUUGCCUGAAGAUCUAUCUGAACGUGAUAAGGAUUUUAUGAAAUGUGCCUUUUUUCUGAUGAGAUCUUGUGAGCUCCAAAGCUUUCCCUGUUGCAGAGUGUGUUUCUCAGUUCAUUUAUGUGGGUUUACUAUGUGAACAAAUGGUAUGCGUGUGGUCUGCGUACUACAGAUGGACUUAGUUUAAAGCAUCAGUGUGACACUUGCAGGAUACCACAAUGUGGGGCAUUGUUUGUUUCUUCCAUAUUUGGAAGAUAAAUUAAGUGUAAUUUUGAAAUUUCUUUUGUAAAUCUAUACUGUCAACUAAAAUUAGUGAAAUGGGCUCACAAUUACUUGUAUCCAAAUGCUUGAAGAAAGCAUUGCUGCUAUGAAAAAAGAUUUCUAUUUUUAGAAAGGGUUUUUAUGGACCAAAAUGCCCCAGCUGCAGUCGGUCAAAGCUGUUGGUUUCUUUUUUUUUUUUUUUUUUCUCUCUCCUUUAGUUUAAAAGAUAUCAUCUGUAAAAUGGGCAUUAUUUAUGGUCUUGGGGUUUGAGGGAUUUUCAUUCCUGAUUGUAUGUAUUGUAAAAAAGAUCUGUACAUUCAGUUGUAACUCUAGAUGUAUAUUUAAACUUACAGACUUACUUGUAAUGUAUACCAUCAUUGUAAUGUAAUGUAAUUAACAUGGUUAUAUGUAUCAUAUUUUUUGUGACCAGACCCAUAGGUUUGCAGUAAAAUCCUGAAAAAUA